AUGGCACCUUCUCCGCCUCGCCUGCGGAUCCUUUCAGUGGGUGGAAAUGCAGUUUCUGCUUUCCUGUCAUGGCGAUUGCAGGCCACCAACGCCUGCGACGUGACAUUGGUCUGGAAAGCCAAUUACCAGGCGGUUGCUCAAUACGGUGUCUCUUUCAAAUCCUCUCUGUACGGAAAUGAACGAUUUAAACCCAGAUACGUCGUCCAAAGCCCAGAAGAGGCAGCGAGCCAGCAGGCAGCCUUCGAUUAUGUCCUUCUCUGCAUCAAAGCCCUUCCCGACGUCUACAAUCUCGCAGAUAUAAUCCAAUCGGUCGUAACCCCUCAACAUACUUGCAUUCUUGUUAACACCACAAACACCCUGGGAGUGGAGCAACAACUCGAGGAACGGUUCCCUACAAAUGUUGUCUUGUCUCUGGUUUCUGGCGCCAAUUUGAUCCAACUUGGGUCAAGCGAGUUUGAACACACCGGCUCGACAGAAAUCUGGGUUGGCCCGGCCAGCAAGAAUGCCGCAAUUCCCGAGUCGAUCCAAAGAGAUAUGUCAGAGGCUCUAGCCAUGACCUUGACCACUGCUCAAGUAGACUGCAAAGUGUCCACAAACAUUAAGCAGCAGCAAUUCGAAAGAAUGAUAGGGCCUAUUGCAUUCCAUCCUACAAGCGUACUUUUCGAGAAGCCUCUCCUUUCGGACCUGAUCCGGUUGCCUGGGGUCCACGAACUGAUAUCUGAUGUCAUGGACGAAUUGUUAAGCGUUGCUCAUUCCCAGGACUGCAAAUUUCCGAGCAACUUUAAGGAGUCUACAAUCGAAUCCAUGAUCGGGUCAAGUCAGGAUCCCAGUACCAUGUACCAAGAUUUCACGGCCCGGCGUCCAAUGGAGGUAGAAACCUAUCUAGGUUCUCCUGUGGAAUUGGCCAAAAAAGCAGGCAUCAAAGUUCCCCGACUGGAGACUUUGUACACGAUGCUACGCCACGUCAACACUGUCAAUAAGGACCGUCCUGUCGCCUCUGCUUCGUUGCCACAAUCGCCUUCCGUGAUGCAACCGCCUCCUAGAACGAUGUCUCUCGCAAAUGCUGGUCCUCGACAACCAAACCAACCGCUUAACGGAGCCCCCCGGCCGAUGCGCGGUCCUAAUAUGGGACCACCCAUGGGACCGCAGGGUCGACGCGGCCCUCCUCCUGUGAACGGCUUCCGUGGACCGCCAAACAGUUACCCACCACGGGGACCAAGUCAAAUGCAGCGACGGCCCUCUUAUGAUGAGACGAACCUGGAUGAGUUCAGUCACGUUGUACUUUAUGACGAUCUACCCGAUGGCGACGUUGCCGCUAACUUCCCUGAUAAUGGAGGCCCCAACGCCGCAGCAUCAUUGCGUGAACGGGAAUUGAUGCUGCGGGAGAAGGAGCUGCACCUCAAACAACAAGAGAUGGCGAUGCGGAAUCGCCCGGGCCGAAGAACCUCGCACAAUCGCCACCAAGACUUUGACGAUGACGACGAUGAUGACGAUUAUUUCGACCCAAUGCAGGCACGCGGUCCCCCAAUGCCUCCAAUCGACCCCGACAAUUUUGAUAUGAUGAGUGUCACAUCCAGGCGGACGAAAAGGGCGACCAGUCAGAAUCAGUUGCGCAAAGAUGUCUUUGCAAAUGGGAACAACAUGCGUCCUGGAUCUUUCGGCCGGCCUAUGCUCAGCAGGCAUCGGACCAGCACCCAACUCCUGUCCGAUAUGCCUAUGCUGGGAGAGAAUAUCUUGGACAAUCCGAUGAUGAGCUUCUCGUCCAACCGGUACGGUUCAGUGGACCGCAAGGAAAUGGCGGAUGAAUCCCGCGCAAAUUCCCUGACGGCAAGCCGGCUCCAGGACCUUGGUGCAAAUGGGGGUCCGUACCCGGGUCCGCCUAGUAGACGGACAAGUCGAUCACCAGGAAAUCCAUUUAGUCCACCUGGGCGAGGGCCUAAUCGGCCCUCGCCUCCUAACGACCCUUAUAUGCAACCCGGACAGCGCAACGGCCGACCGUCUCCACCAGGAGGCAUGCCUGCACCAGUACCCAGAUAUCCUCCUGGUCAGGGCGGCAUGAUCCCUCCACAUCAAAUUGAACAGGCCGGGGUGAGCAAACCAUUCCCACCACCAAAAGCACCUGUGAAAAGUCUGACUGGAAGUGCCAGUGCUAGCGCAGGCAGCGGGGAUAGUGGAAGUGCCAAUAUUGACUCGGAACCGUCAGCCCACAGUAGCACAAGCAGCUUCGCGCCUCGGCAGAUGUUGAGCAUCCGUUGA